AUGCUUCCAAACACCAAGCUCACAAUUACUGCAGCUUCCUCUGAGGGAAAUGGUGUUUUAUAUGUUAAAGAUUAUUAUAUUCCAACACAAGACUCCUUUGAAGAAAAGGUUGCUUUGACUGGUAGUUCCUCCUCUCUGAGUGUCAACAAUUUUCUGUCGACAUGGAAAGAUGUGUUCCUUCUCAUUGAACCAAGCACUCCCUCUCUGAGUUUUUCCAUUUCCACAACUUCUCAAGAUAUUCAUUUUCAUGAACCAUUAGGACCAGGAGCAAUUGUUGGAAUUGCUGUUGGUUCAUCCAUAGUUGUAACGUGUAUGGUUUUACUUGUCCUUAUUGCACUUGUGAUUGUUUACAAAAGAAAGAAAGAAAAACAACAUGGUGAAGACAGUGUCAAAACACCCUUAGUCAAAUAA